CUGCUCGGGCCUCCAAAAAGGCCAGGGGUGCCUCCUCUUCGGCGCCACCACCACCACCAUCACCACCAUCCUCGCCACCACCACCAGGAGACUUGCCUCGGCCGGAGUGGGCUUCACGGCCUCUUCACAAGCUCACGCAGUUCAACCUGCCAUUCUUCAAGCAUGACGAGGACACUACUUGGGCGGUUGAGCAGCUCCGACUUCGGCAACAGUUGGGCAUUUGCGCCGUGACAGCGCCCACUUAUCCUCGCUUGGUCCGAUUAUUCUACCAGAACCUGCAUGAGACACCCACUGCGGUUGGACUGCUCUCUGACAUUGAUGGUCAUGUUGUUCACAUCACCUCGGCCAUGAUUGCCAAAGUGUUAGAGUUUUUCGCCAAACCGGAAGAUCAGCCUUUCCCGGAAGUUGAGGAUCGCCAACCCGUACCUCGCCUCAUCCAGCAAUACUUCCCGGGAGCCCACGGUAACCCCAGUUUCACAUGCUUGCGGCGAAGCAAGCUACCUAGCCGCUUGCUUCUCCUUGAUUCCGUGGUCCAUAAGAAUGUCCUUCCACUUGGGCAUCGAGCUGAGCGCCGUUUGGAGUUUGUGCGGGUUUUACACGGGUAUCAGCUUGGCUAUCAAGUCCCGCUUGAGGAUUUCAUUUUGCUACAUGUGCAGAAAUUUCUACGGGAGGCAGUUCGGCCUACUCCUCUGCAGAACCUGACUUGGCCCCUACCAUUCGCCAAUUUGUUGACACUUGUGUUUAAGCUGAACCACCUCCCCAUUGCUGAGGAUGAGGAGAUUGAUAGAGGGUAUCCGACAUUAGGCCAGCGGGAAUGGCAGCACAGCAUAUCUCGCAUCCCGCAGCCGGUAGGUGCCCCAGUUGAUAAGGCCCAAGACCCCGUCCAUGACCACCCAGCUCAUCCUGUUCCCCCUGUGCCUCCCCAAGGGGACCCACUCUACAUGACUCGCGAGGAGUACUUACAGCUUCAGCACUCUGUCGAUCAGGUCCAUCAUACUCUUCGUGAUCACCACCAGAGUCUCAUGGAGUUGCGCACGGAUUUCCAGGCUUUUCGCGACUAUUCUCAGGCGCAUUUCGAUCAGCUCCACGCCGACAACCUCGCCAUCCAGCAACAGGGUCAGGAUAAUGCCUUCGAGACGCGCACUUUGAUGCAAGCCUUGUUUGCCCAACAUUUCCCACCACCACCACCACCGGCUUCUCCCUAGUACCUGCCUGUAUAUUGCU